CAGGACGAGGAAAAGCAAGAUGGCGUUUGACGGAGAAAACGUUAUCGUGUUGACAAUAGUUAUGUGUGUUUAAUCAGCGCGUACAUGUACAAAUAUAUGUUGUUUUUUGGAGUAAGCAACGUUAAUAUUUGUAAGUGUCCGGAUUCAUUAGUCUCAGCGCACUUUGUGCUAGUUAGCUUAGCUUAGCUUGCUAGUUAGCUUAGCUUGGUAGCUGCUAACAAGUCACAAGUGUGAGAGUAAAGUGUUGUGAUUGUGUGAAAAUGUGCGAGAGAACGAUAGCAGAGUACGAGGAGGAACUUUGUCCAACAAAAGAGGAGAAGGAGCGACAACGUCAACUACUGGACGCUGUUUGCAAGAAACGCCAAGUUUUGUCACACAGAACAGACGUCCAGCAGCACACCCAUAUUAAAGAGGAAGAUUCACAUCCCCCUCAUGUAAAAGAAGACGAGGAGGAGCCUCAGCCCCCCCACAUCAAAGAGGAAGAGGAUGAGGUCUGGAUCACUCAGGAGGAAGAGUGUCUUCUAGGACAGGAGGAGGCUGACCUGACCAGGUUUCCACUGACUGUGGUCUCUGUGAAGACCGAAGACCAUGGCCACAAACCACCUGAGUCCUCCCAGCUUGGUCCCAGUCCAAACAUCUGUGAAGAACAUAUCUCUGAGCAGCACGACUCGUUUUCCAGGAUGGAGCAGAAGGAGCGACAGCCCCCUCAAAUUAAAGAGGAAGAGGAGCCACAUUUCCCUCAAAUUAAAGAGGAAGAGGAGGAAUUAUGGCCCCCUCACUUUAAAAAGGAAGGCGAGGAGCCAGAUCCCCCCCGAAUUAAAGAAAAGGACCCACAGCUCCCUCACAUAGAGGAGAAUGAGGAGCCACAACCCCCUCACAUUCAGGAGGAAAAUGUGGCACAGCAUCCUCCAAGCAUGACAACAGAAGCUGAUGGAGACCACUGUGGAGGAUCAUUAGCAGACAUAGCUCCACUAUCAGAUAGUGACAACACGACAUCUCACUCUCCUGACACUGAUGAUGAUGAAGCAGAUGAUGACACUGACGACUCUAAAGCUGGUAAGACGUGUCUCACCGACAACACGCACUUGAAAUGCUCUCACUGUGACAAAACUUUUAACCACCGUGGUCAUCUGAAAACACAUAUGAGAACGCACACCGGAGAAAAACCCUUUACCUGUUCAAGAUGCAACAAAAGCUUUUGCGACCGAACAACCUUUGUAGUACACACGAGAACGCACACCGGAGAAAAACCAUUCAAGUGCUCAGUUUGCAGUAAAAGCUUCUCUCAGAAGACAAAUUUGAAAAUACACAUGAGAAUGCACACCGGGGAAAAACCUUUUAAAUGUUCAGUCUGUGGUAAAGGUUUUGGCCAAAGUCAUCAUUUUAAAAAUCACAUGAAAAUACACACCGGAGAGAAACCUUUUAAAUGUCGAGUCUGUGCUAAAGGUUUUAUACAAAAAGAUGACUUGAAAAUACACAUGAGAACGCACACCGGAGAACAACCAUUCAUGUGCUCAUUUUGUGGUAAAAGAUUCUCCCAGAGAGGGAAUUUCAGAAAACACACUAAAUUGCACACCGGCGACAAACCUUUUAAAUGUUCAGCGUGCGGUAAAGGUUUUACACAAAAUCGUGAUCUGAAAGUACACAUGACAAUACACACCGGAGAGAAAGUGUUGAGUUGCAGUGUGUGUGAUGAAAGAUUCACUUAUAAGUACCAGUCUAAGAAACACACGUGUGCUGGUGAGAACAGCAGCAGCAAAUGAAACUGCAGAAUGUAAAUAAACUGAUUAAUUUAUUAACAAUCACCACAUAUAUCAUGUGUGACAUCAUUGUUGUGUGUGUGUAACACCAUCUUGUUAACAUGCUUCUAACAUUUACAGAUGAGAUUUAUUUUGGAUUAGUGGUUUUGUUUCAGUCAAGUAUGUGCAUUAUAUUGAUAAACAUUUGUCUCUGAAAAGGUGUAAACUGAAGUUUCACUUUA